AUGGACAAAUUUUUAAGGAGUAAUACGGGCAGUUCAAGAAACAUAGAUGAGUGGGCGAUAGUUGCUGUGGAGGAACAAACUAAUGUGAACGAUGAAGACCAGUGCCCUACCCCUACGGAAGACAAUGUUGACAUCAACGAGGAUGAUAACAAUGUAAGUGAUCAUGAGAACAUAUUUAAUUCAUCUGCUACAGAAUCCGCUAGUGUUGAUGAGCAGCCAGUUUUUACUACGGAUAUUUAUGAUCCAAAAAAUUGGGAUAAUCUUGAUAACAAAGCUAGGGACAUAUUAGUGGAAAAGGGGCCUAUAAGAGAAGAAAAUAUUGUGUUCCCUUUAGAUGACAACUCAAGACAUUUUUCAAAUUGCAAGAGUUCAUUGGGGCGUGAUGGAUUUAGAGAUUGGAGGCAUAUUAGUGAGAGGCUAAAAGAACAUGAAGUUAGUGUCGAGCAUAUUACCAACAUGACCUCUUGGAAUGAACUGAGAGCUAGAUUGAGGAAAAGUGAAACGAUUGACAAAGAUUUACAACAACAAAUCACCAAGGAGAAAGAACGUAUAAGGCAAGUUUUACUAAGAAUAAUUGCCAUUGUCAAAUUUCUUGGUAAACGUAAUUUGGCUUUUAGAGGAUCCAAAGAGCAACUCUAUAAUGAUCAGAAUGGCAAUUUCUUAGCUUGUGUUGAGAUGGUUGCAGAAUUUGACUUGGUGAUGCAAGAUCAUCUUAGACGUAUUCAAAAUAAUGAGAUUCAUUAUCAUUAUCUUAGUCAUAAAAUCCAGAAUGAGUUGGUUUCUCUUUUGGCUUCUGAUAUUACAAAUUCUAUCAUAAAGAUCGUUAAAGAGGCAAAAUAUUUCUCUAUUAUCCUUGAUUGUACCCCAGAUGUGAGUCAUCAAGAGCAAAUGAGUUUGUUGGUUCGAUGUGUUAAUAUGUCCGAUGGCAAAAUAAAAUUAGAGGAGUAUUUUCUGGGUUUCUUGAUGGUGGAUGAUACAUCUGGUUCUGGGCUUUUCAAUGUAUUGAUUGAUUCCAUCAAAUCUUUUGGUCUUAAUAUUGAUGAUAUUAGGGGUCAAGGUUAUGAUAACGGCUCUAACAUGAAAGGAAAACACAAGGGGGUGCAAAGACGGUUGCUUGAUAUUAAUCGAAGAGCUUUGUAUAUGCCAUGUGCUUGCCACAGUAUUAAUCUUAUUCUUUGUGACAUGGCUAAAUCCUGUGCUAAAGCUAUUUCAUUUUUUGGAAUUGUGCAACGGAUAUAUGUAUUGUUUUCUGGUUCUACCAAAAGAUGGAAAGUUUUACUUGAACAUGUUCCAAGUUUAACUGUGAAAUCGUUGUGCAAUACUCGUUGGGAGAGUCGAAUCAAAAGUGUUAAAGCAAUUAGGUAUCAAGCUCCUGAGCUAAGGUCAGCUUUGUUAAACUUAAGGGAAGCUGAUGAUACCGAUCCCAAGGAUAAGAGCGAUGCAAAAAAUUUAUUUGAAGUGCUUGGCAGCUUUGAGUUUAUACUUGGUAUGGUUAUUUGGCAUGACAUUUUAUUUGCUGUUAACACUGUGAGUAAGAAGUUGCAAUCAUCGUCCAUGUGCAUUGAGUCUACCUUACAGCAAAUUGAAGGCAUAAUGAAUUAUUUUCACAGCUAUAGAAAUGAAGGAUUUUCUUCUAGUCUGAUCAUAGCUAAAGGUAUUGCAUCUGAAAUGGGUGUAGAGGCAUCAUUUCCAAUAAAGCGUUGUUCUAUUAGGAAGAGACAGUUUGAUGAAACUGAUUGUGCUGAAGCAAAUUUGCAAGCUGAGAGGGCUUUUGAAGUUGAUUACUUUUUUGUUAUGUUGACUUUAUCAAAUAGACCAAUGUCUGCCAUGGAGAUUUUUGAGUUUGUCAGAGAUGCAGAUUGUUAUCCUAAUAUUUCUGUUGCUUAUCGGAUCUUAUUUACUGUGCCUGUGACUGUGGCAUCUGCUGAAAGAAGCUUUUCAAAGUUGAAAUUAUUGAAGAACCAUUUGAGGUCUACAAUGUCUCAAGAAAGGUUAAACGGUCUGGCAACUUUAUGCAUUGAGAAGAAAUUAUUGGAUGAGAUUGAUAUUGAUACCAUCAUCAAUGACUUCGCAUCUAGGAAUGUCCGAAGAAAUUUUUAA